UGGCGCGCGUUCGUCGCCGGCGUCGCGGGCGGCGCGUCGAGCACGCUCGCGCUGCACCCGCUCGACGUCGUGAAGACGCGGCUGCAGGUGCAGGACGACCCGGACGCGCGACGCGCGCGGUACGCGGGCGCGUGGCGAGGCGCGCGACGGAUCGUCGCCGAGGAAGGCGCGCGCGGGAUCUACGCGGGCGCCGCGCCGGCGAUCGUCGGGAGCGCGGUGAGCUGGGGGGCGUAUUUCGCGUGGUACGACGGCGCGCGGGCGCGGUACGCGGACGCGCUCGGACGAGAGCGAAACGGGGCGCUGCCGGCGGGCGCGAACAUGAUGGCGGCCACGGAGGCGGGGGUGGUGACGACGGUGCUGACGAACCCGAUUUGGGUGGUGAAGACGCGGUUGCAGUUGCAGAGAGGAGGAGGAUUAGGGGACGCGGCGAGCGAAGCGGCGAAGAGCGGCGAAAAGCGAUACGCGGGAUUCGUCGACGCGUUGGCGACGAUCGCGCGAAAGGAAGGGUUGAGAGGGUUAUACAAGGGACUCGUGCCGUCGAUAUGGCUCGUCUCGCACGGUUCGAUACAGUUGACGGCGUACGAGUGGUUGAAGGAAAUCGCGGCGAGCGGCAGAGCGAGACGCGCGCGAGGGGGCGCGGCGGACGUCGCCCCGGUCGAGGCUGGCGCCCUGGGCUUGGCGUCGAAAUUCAUCGCCGUGACCGCGACUUAUCCAAUUCAAGUCGUGCGCGCGCGCAUUCAACAGCGCUCGGACGUCGGUAGACCCGCGGACGCCCCGACGUACGCGCGCUUCGGCGAAGCCGUCUCGCGCACCUUCGCUCGCGAGGGCGUUCGCGGCUUCUACAAGGGCUUCGCCCCCAACGUCGUUCGCGUGUUACCGAGUUCGGCCAUCACGUUCGCCGCGUACGAGGGCGUUUUAGGCGUAUUAAACGACGAUCCC